AUGACGGUGGCAGCCGCACCCAAGACUACAGCGCCGCGCGAAAGACUCAACUUUCGCCAGAUGAGACACGGGAUGAUUGCAGUCACGCGGCGGUAUCUCCGCGACGAGCUAGGCGAUACGGAGCCCAUGCGGAUUGCUGCAUCAGAGCUUCUGGCAGGACACUCGGUGCAAACAGGGAUGCAAGUGUACGGCGUGGACAAGUUCACGUUUGAGGGAGUGGACCACUCAACGGCAUAUUCCAUGCAGGAGGAGAUCUCCAAGCGGUGGAUACGGUGGUUGGGGCUUGAGAGCGAUCCGGAGGUGGUGUUGGCAGAUGCUCAGAAGCGGACGUUCAAUGGAGCGUAUGUCCACGACGAGCGCAGCGCAGAGGACCUGGUCAUGGCUGGCAAAGAGCUGUACGGUAGCGACUUUGUCUUUAAGAGCAUUGAGCAGAGUAUGGCGUGUGUGGAUGUCUACCUGGGUGGGCCCAAGGUUGUCGCAGUCCAGGCCCCGACCGGGUUUGGCAAGACCCUGUUGUUUCAGCUUUCACUCAUCUGCCACGCACGGCGGAAUCAUGGCAUGGUGUCCUUUGUAUUUGUGCCGUACACAGCACUUCGAGCGAGUGGUUCUCGUCACCGCGACGGGGGCUCAAAACACGGCUCCAAAAGCACUGCGCACGCUGGGGUUCGGGGGCAGUGUGCACCUUGAGCACACCUGGAGCGGAGAGGGUGAGGAUUGCCGACUCAAGAACGUGCCCAUCCAGUUGCGGAACUACGUUCGCCGGCCCGCAGUGACCCACGUCUACAAGCACGCGAUGCGGCUGGAGGGAGAUGGAGUGUCUCAAGCAGCGACGUUGCUGGAGCGCCUGUUUGCGCACGAGCCCAAAGCCAAGGCCGUCCUGGUGCUGGGCAGAAAACACCAAGUGGAGCAGGCUUUCAAGGAGCUCGAGCAGAGGUUCAAUGGAGCGUAUGUCCACGGGGGACUUGACACACAAGAGAAGGUGCGGCGUGUGCACCAGUUUUUGCACGACGAGAGGCAGCAUGUGCUGAUAGGCACGAAGCUGGUGGCGGAGGGUCUCGACGUGGCAUCGCUGCGGAUGGUGCUGCUGAUCGAUUAUGAGCCCAGGGUUUCCGAGUACAUCCAGUGCGUGGGACGGGUGCGGGAGCACGGCAUAGCGAUAGCGCUGUGGAACAGCGACUCGUUCUGGAAGGACAAGAGAGACAGUGCAAUGUACAUGGACUAUACGAAGUGUCCUACGCGGCAGAUCUGCGGGUACUAUGAGCUGCGCAAGGAGGGGGAGGGGAAAAGGGCCAUGCGGGAUGCUGUGGGAGCUUUGACAGUGUGACGGGGGAGACCAGGCGGCUGUGUGGACAAGUGCUGUUCAAUGGGGUGGGCCAAGGGGAGGACCGCCAAGAGGGCUGUGAAGAUGGCCCCCAAAGCAAAAAACAAAAACACCAGCCAACUAGUACGGCAGCUCCUAUUGACGACUGGGUGUUUCUCAGUAGCUCUUCCGAAGAUGGCCGGUCUGCCUCUCCCCCCGAGGAUACCGUCACCCAGAGCACUUCACUGCUCAAAUCGCUCUUGCGAGAUAAGUACAAAGGGAAAGCUAGUGUGUUUGAGUUUCUCGGGUUCACUGGGCUGGAGCACCGGGACAUGACUCUCUACGGCAUCGACCAUCGCUACUUUGCUAACAUCAUCCUCUUCAGAUACAACACGGAGGAGCAGUGCGCAGGAUGCUUGCAGCCGCGCGUGUCGUGCCUCUGCUGGUCAGAGCGGCCAGAGGGACAUGAGCAGAGCCUGCGUAGUAUGGCGCAGGAAGCAAUGGCCUUUCUCAGUGGAAUCUACCCGCCAGAUCAGUACGAGGACGAGCUGCACCUGUGCAUGGAGAAAACGCUGCCCGGCUGGCUCAUUGAGUUUGCCAUGAAUCGGGACACAGUGAUGGGCGCGUAUCGGCGGGUGUACCGUAACUACCAUGCGCUGCUAGACCGGCGUAUGCGGAUCCAGAGGCCGUCGGGCUUUGACGGCGGUGAUCUCAUGAUCAAGAGGGAAUACAACAGGCUAUGGGAGAUGCUGGAAGACAGAGAGAUCGUAGCUUAUUUCAACGCUGGCAGGUUGAAGCGGUGCACGAGCGCACCUACGUGGGAGACUUGGAAGUGCGUCCAGCUGAGACGGCGCAGCCGCAAGCUGCCGUGGCUGCGUGACUUUUCCUGUGACAGAAGAGUACCUCCCGGCGCAGUUUUGAAGGCGAGCAGGAGAUGGCGUACCUGUACAACAGCGCCAAAGACUUUGAGAAGCGCCGGGUGUACGUCAAGGGCGAGCGGCGGGCGCCGAAAGUCCGUGUGGCGUGGUACAUGUACAAGCUGAUGCAUUUUGGAUUGUUUUACAACCUUGAGUUUCGCUCGGCGGUGUACACGAGGUUCCCGGAGCUGCCGGCGGUGAAGCUGUUUACCCACUGGCUGAGACUGAUGAGCGUCGGCGUGCAGCUGAGCGACAACCAGAGUGUGCCGCUGUACAUGGUGGUGGCAGUGAUGUACGCCAGGGGGGUGCGGUACGAUGGUGUCCGGGUGUAA